UUUAGGUGAGAUCUUAUGGUGAUCUUCACAUUUCAUCAGAUCCUGAAUAUGUGCUUUAAAGAUGCCAGUUCACCGACUGAUGCAUUCAUGUAUCUGAGGUAUGUAUGCAUGUAUGAAUGCAUGUCUGUUUGGUGUGUUUGUGUGUAUGUGUGCAGUGGUGGACUUCGGUGGGAUGUAACAUGGUUGAGAAGAUGCUGAUAUAUGAUGGGUCAUCUGCUGAAGGAACCGGCAGCGCAACAUAUCAUCAGUUCUCAUCCAAGAUGGCAGACUUGAGUGUGUCCAGUGACUUCCUCUCUCUGGGUCCUUAUGAGACACAUCUCCUCUUCUUUGUGUGGAAGGACAUACUUAGAAACAUCCAACCAGUGCCCCAUGAUGAUGUCAUCGAUCUGUGGGACAAGUCGUAUGCCAAAGUGGCAUGCAGUGGCCGCUCCAUCAAGAGGGCGGACAGGAAGGGUUUAUUUGGCCUGUACCGAGACUACAGGCCACUGGCCAUGGGCCGGGGUCAAUUCUGGGCCGGCCAGAACUACUGGGAAGUGGAGGUGGGCAGGAAGCUGGACUGGGGCGUUGGGGUGUGUGUGGAGGAGUCUGAUGACAAGCUGCAGGAGCAGGUGAUGAUGUACCUAAAGCAUGGCAGGGGCUACAGUGUGGUAGCUGGGGUCCAGGAGACCCCCCUGAACCUGCCGUCUCGGCCGUGGCGAGUGGGUGUGUAUCUGGACUGUGAUGAAGGCCAGGUGUCGUUCUAUGAUGCCGACAGCCUGAUUCUGUUCCACACUGCAGAGUGUGGUAAAGUUGAGCCCUUCUAUCUCUGCCUUUCUCCUGGGACCCAUUUGGACGGGGGAGAUGAUGAUUCCCUAAGUGUGCAGCUAUCAUUCCCGACAGUCCACCAGUGAUCCGGAAGUUUUCCUGACUUUGGUGCAACACAUCUGGGGCUUUGUCUACCAGAUGUUGUGGAGUUGAUUGGGGAGAGAGGAAGUCAUGUGAUCAGAAAUCAGUGGAAUCAACCCACCCCCCUUUUUCUCUCCCUUCUCCAAGCCCCCCCUUCUAUCUCUACCCGGCCGGCUUCAAGUAGAUGGGCCACUCCCUUAUGUGCCACGGUUCUGCUUAAGGUUUCUUCCUGAUCAACAGGGAGUUUUUCAUUGGCCCUGUCGCCUUUGUGCUUGCACUAACAGGGUUCAGGCCCUAGGCUGUUUAGAGCUCCUUGAGACAAUUUUAUUGUUUUGGCGCUAUAUAAAUAAAAUUGAAAUACACUUUG